GCUCUGGGCUUUUAUUUGCGGACGGGCGGGAGGGAGUCAGGUCCCCGCGAGCUUCCCCGACCCGAGCGUUCUGCCCGGCGGCGGCGGCGGCGGCGGCGGCUCUUAGCCGAGUUUUGCCUCCGCGUCCCCGCCAGCCCCGAGCCCGCGGGGGCAGACGGUCCGUCCCGGCGUGCGAGAGGAUGGUGAUCCGCGUGUUCAUCGCCUCCUCCUCGGGUUUCGUGGCGAUAAAGAAGAAGCAGCAGGAUGUGGUUAGAUUUCUGGAAGCCAACAAGAUAGAGUUUGAGGAGGUGGAUAUCACAAUGUCAGAAGAACAGAGACAAUGGAUGUACAAAAACAUUCCCCCAGAAAAGAAGCCUGCUCAGGGCAACCCUCUGCCGCCUCAGAUAUUUAAUGGUGACCGAUACUGUGGAGAUUAUGACAGUUUUUUUGAAGCAAAGGAAAGCAACACAGUCUAUUCAUUCUUAGGCCUGAAACCACGGUUGGCAUCAAAGGCAGAACCUUAGAGAAGACCAGUGGAAGAUAACAGAGAUGUAUUUUGGAGCGCCCCCUGGUACUCAGCACACACCUGCUUACCUAAUACGUCACUGUGACUAAAGCCACGUGCAUCAUCAGUAACACUGCUUGCCAUGGAAAAGGUGUUUUUGGAAGACAUGGGUAUAAUGGGAUUGCAUGAUUGCUUUAAACCAAAUCAGGACUGUGGUGGUUUUUUUCUUAUUUUCAGAAUUGCCUGCAGUUGCCUCAUUCACCUGGAGGUACUCUAACCUGUUACAGGUGUGCUUCCUUAAUGACUGAAAGAUAAAUGGGUAGCACCAUUGGAGAGAAAAUGCUGAAUCUGCGCUAGGUUGUAGCUGGUGGCAGUAUUGCUCAGACCUGCCUCUCUUUAAGUGGCCUGGAUUGUAUCCUUGAAAUUAGUUUGCCAGACUAUUAGAAUCUUUUGAUCAGACAGAAAAAAAGCAAUGCUGGUUGACAAAGGGCUGAAGAGUUUUGCUGCAAAAGUCGCAGCCAUCACUAUUCCAGUGCUUUGUAAUAGCACCUAUAGAAAAAGAUGUUCUAGCCUCCUUUGGUAAUGGACACUCUUAUUUCCAUAAAUCCUCCAAACUCCUCCAGAUGUUUCCAAAAAUCACUGUCACAACAAUGUGUGAUCAGGACCAAGGUACAGGGAUAAAAAUAGUUGGUAUUUUGGAAAAUAAAGGGUUCUGCAUCUCUUGCAAGGGAAAAGUUUCAUUUAAAUGUAAAAGACAGAGUAAAAGGUAUAUUUUAGGAGGUGUACUAAUUAGACAGUAAAUUUAGAGGGAAAUGAUCUGACUCCUAUCUGAAGGGAUUUUCAGCUCUAGCAACUUAUUUAUGCACAAGUAACAUAUUUUUAAAUGCAGCUUCCCUAACAGCUGCUUAUUCUAUUUUGUGAAUGGAUUAUAUAUUUUUUUUUUUUUGAGAAAGGAAGAUCUUGGUUAGAUAUAUUUUAUGAGCCCUUGAUGAGGCAUAUGAAAAGAUACUAAUAUUGGGGUACAAUGUUCAUUUUUUUCCUCAGUUGCUUUUCACCGGACCUCUAACGGCUUGCUCUUAUUUCUGGCCAAUGUACAGUCCCAGCUUUUUCAGAAUACUGCAGAUACAUGUUCCCAUUCUAUACAUGGAUACCAGUGAGCUUUCAGAGCAGUGUAUAUGAGAAAGGGGCUGUCAGAGAAUAGCUCUGAAUUGUACUUGGCAUGCAGAAUCUCUACUCCCUUUGGAGCGGAUGCUGAACAUGUCGACUUCCUUCAGACAGAGGCUGCUUUUCUCCAUCCUUGUCCCUUAUGGUCUUUAGAGUUUUUAGUUGCCAUACAUAAACAGUCUUGAAUAGGAUAAAUUCUUAGAGGUUUGCCUAAAAUAUUCUGCUUUUCUCAGCAUCCUGAUGCUGGACCUGUCAUUCAGAUGCUGAGCAGGAUGUAAGAAAUUGAAAGGACAUAAGAAUGAAAGUCCUGUCCCCUGUGUUCCCUCACCCUCAACUAAGUAAAUGCGGACCACUCUGAAGGACUUGUUGAAUGCGGACACUGAAAUCCCAGCCUGAGAUUUGCAGCCCAGGACUACAACCAGAAGAAGAACAUGCCACAGAUUUCAACUUGACUGGAACCAAUACAUGAUCCACAAUUUUCUCUCCAAGGAAAGCUGUUGUGAAAUCAUGGGUAUUACUGCUUAGUUGGCAUUAAAUAAGAUCCAGGUCAAAUUCCAUUUGAGAAAUCCCAGGGACUAUCCAGGAAUCUUUUAUUUUGAACUGGAUAUUGUGUUUGAGUAAAUGUGUCUUCUGAUAAGACUUAGAACUUCAUUUGCAGAUACAACAAUUUUAAAAAUGUAAUGCUACAGUGAUCUAACUUACAUUUAAUCUAUUCUUGCCAAUGAGCACCAAGAACCAACUUGGUAAGAUUGAGGCCUUGGAAGUUAAAUUCUGGGGUUGGGGGAUCAACAUGAUACUUGCUAGACAAAGAUAGCUAUUCAGAUUUGUUCAUCUUAAAGCUUUUGCAUUACUGUGGUUAUUGUAGGACCAGAAUGGUUUCCUAAACAGACUAGAUGGAGGAUAUUGCUAAAUUGCUACCAGUCACACAUCGUCUUCCCCUCAGCUCAUCAUCAUCAUUAUUAUUAUUAUUAUUAUUUUAAAAUCAGCAUAGAAAUAGGAGAGACCAGCCCUGGCUGGUACUGUACUUGUUAUGAGUGAGGUGGAAGCACACUGUGUGGCAUUUCCUGCAAUACCCAGGCUCUGCAGAGUACUGAGGUAUUGCCCUCUGGGACCACAUUGUGUUCAGAGAAUACGGUCUCUUUCCUUGUACUGUUUUACCCGCUAAGUUCCAAACAUGUAAUGAUUUCCUGUUCCUUUCUUUAACUAGCUGCCUUUAGAUUUGAAUAUUCACAGUCUUAAAAACCUAGGAAAGAACUAGGUGGGAGUUACAGACGUAGAUGUAAUAUCAAAGGCAUUUCAAGACAGAAUUUUUAUUUCCUGUAGUAGGCUUAUUGGGACAAAGGAAAUGUGCUGCUAAAAAUAAAAUUAUGCCAGUUUAAAAUUAGAUAAAAUACAGAGUGCCAUCCUGCUAGGUAUAUGCAGACCAAAAGAAAAUUUAGUUGGGGAAAUACUUAUUUUUCCAAAUUCUGGUGUUCUAUUAAAAUCAAAGAGGAGAAAAGGAAGAUUUUUUUCUCUCUCAGAUUCUAAUAUAUUUUAGAUUUGUUUCUGUUUUAUAGAUUCCUCCAGACACCUAGCUGUUUUUGUAUUACAUGAAUUUAAAAAUGAACUAAAUUUAUUUUUGUCUUCUGUUAUUGAAAGGUACCAAAGCCUCUUUCUAUUGUUUGUUUGGUUUUUUUUUUUUUUAAUUUGGUUUUGCUAUGUAGGGUUUUGCUUUUUCUAGAAAUACUUUCCAUUUAACAGCAUUUCUUAAGUGUCAGGGCCCACUUUGAUGUGCAUAAUUGUUUUUAGAUUUCAGUGUGUAUGCGUUUGUUUCUAAAGGCACUGGUGCAAUCUCAGAUUUUAUAUUCAGCAUUAAAGAGAAAUAAAUUCCAGAAAACACAUAUUCUGAAAAUGGAGUGUUUGUUCCCUACCAUUUCUUAUACCUUUUCUAAUUUUAGUUCUGUGUUUGGUUGAAACCUUCCUGUUUAGUUGGGAUGUUAUACUUCUACUCCCACUCAUGAAUCUCAUACCUGAAUGCUGCAGAUUAGUUGUAAAAAUGCGGACGGAUCAUUUGCCCAUUUGAGGAGACAAACAUGUGUGUGGUCCUGUGUACAUGUGUGUUGGGAGGUGAUCACAGAAUGCUCUCAGGCAGUGACCAGGGCCAGGGAAGCAUUAAAUCUCUUGUUCCCUUGGUUGGUUCCAAUAGAUGAUUGUGGUUUCCUGAGUACACUGAAGCCACGGACUGGUGGAUUUGUUCCCUUAA